CAAAAGAACAGUAAUGACUUUAAAUCCGAGCACUACUGCGCGAGCUAGACUCCUGAAUCUCAAAGAAGAGUAAUGACUUUAAAUCCGAGCACAUUCGAAACCAUACUCCCCUCUCGUUUCAUCACAUUCACCUAUCCAAGCCCCACUCUCCCUCAAACUCUCCUCCGAGUUGCCGUUCUUGACUCGCCCCUCACUCAACCCUCAACCGAGUCCCCUCAACUCGCCGCCAUGUUUGUGCCAACUCACCGUGAAACUGACUGGAUCUUCUCAACUCAGUCCGGCCACCUGCAGCUCCUCCUCAAUUUUGCGCAAUUUUCCCGCCUAAUUCUCAUAGGUUAUGUGCCCAUUUCUCCCAACUUGGUAAAUUCAUUUACCCGACCCGAAUGCGAAACGGGUCAUGCCCAAUUGGUGAAUCUUGAAGAAAAGUUGACUCCUUUGUUGUUUGCAUUGGCACCCAAGUCAUGUUUUGUAAAGGGUUUGCCAGAAGUUGUGUUUUUGAGGUAUGAGGAUGAUUUGAUUGGUAGUGUUGUUGUUGAGGUUUGUGAUGGGGGUUUGGUUGGUGAAAUGGUGGUUGAAGAUGUUGAAUUGGAAGGGUUUGAGGGUAGGGAGUUUAGGAGGAGGUUGAGGUUUAAGAGAAUGCCUAAUUUUGUCCAGACCCAGGUUAGGAUUUUCCCGAAAGGAGGGAGAGGUUUUGUUGGUCUUGAGGGUGUUGAAUUUGGUCUGGAUUUUGGGGUUUUGGUGCAUUCGUAUUUGGUUCCAAUGGUGGCAGGUGUUUCAUUAAUUGGCGGGUAUUUGGAUGAGAGGAUUCAAUGUGGGUUUAGGCCGAAAGCUUUGUGUUUGGGAGUUGGUGGUGGUGCUUUACUUGGUUUCUUGAGUAGGAAUUUAGGAUUUGAGGUUAUUGGUGUCGAGGCUGAUGAGGUUGUUUUGAGAGUUGCGAGACAGUAUUUUGGUUUGGAUGAUUGUGAUGGGCUGGUUCGGGUUUGUUUGGGAGAUGCAAUAGAAUUUUUAGACGAAAUUGAUAGUAAAGCUAAACGUUUGAAUAUUGAGUGUUUAGAUAAUCGUAAUAUUAAUGGCAAUGAUGCCAAAUUUGAUGUUGUUAUGGUUGAUUUGGAUUCAAGUGAUGUCAAUAUGGGUAUUAGUGCACCACCCUUAGAGUUUGUACAGAAGGAUGUCCUUUUAGCAGCUAAAAGGAUUCUUUGUGAUCAAGGUAUACUUGUUAUCAAUGUGAUUCCUCCUGCAGCUUCUUCAUUUUAUGAGACAUUGAUCAUGAAACUGAAAGUUGUUUUUGAGGAAUUGUAUGAAGUAGAUGUUAGAAAUGGCGAGAAUUUCGUUCUUAUUGCUGCUGCAUCGACAGUUGGAAUAUCUUCUUCUGGUACCAAAAAUGUUUUUGCCUCAAAGUUGAAACAGGCUAUAUCAGCAGAAUUUAUUGAUUCCAUCAAAAAACUUUGAUGCAGUAUUGGUUGCUGAAUUAAUUAGAGAAUUGCACAAAAUGAUUAGAGAAAAUUCUUGUAGUUGAAAUACUAUUAGUUUUGGGGUACAGAGCACCAGUCUGAGGCAAAAUUUUGAGACCCUUUCAUUGCUUCUUGUCAUUCAGAGAACUUAAAAAGAUGAUCCUCAUGGAGUACGCCUAUGUAUACGUAUAACGAAGCCUAAUUGAUUUUUUUCCAGUUAAAGUGAUUGUGUUGCGAGGCAUUUCUCAAGGUAUUAUGUAUAAUUGUAUAUCAAGUUCUGAUAUCUAAGGAUUUAAAACGCAAGACCUACACCAUUUAGCUGCGAAAAAUUUGAUAUAUUGUCUACUGGAGAUUGUUGACAGAGUACAUUCUGGUCUGAUGUGGCAGAACCCAAUAAAUGAUGUGUCGACUCCAUUAACUUGUUUUUAAUCAAUUUAUAGCAGUGUUGUAAAAAGCUGGAAUCGGACAUAAUCAGUGAAGUCACGGAACAAGGAUUAAUCGGGGAUUAAUUGAAUUGAUCGGUGAUUAAUCGGAGAUUUAAUCAGUUCGGCGAGCAACGGAACCGAGAUUAAUCGGUGAUUAAUCGUGAUUAAUCAGUGACUUUUAGAACAAAGAUUUAUAGUGAAUAUAAGUUUACAUAAACGUCUAUAAUAUUU